GUCUGUGUGUUUUAACUUUGUUUCUGCCUGUCUGUCUAACUCUGUGUGUCUGUUUUUGAUCUUCUCUCUCUACUUAUCUCAGGGAGAGAGGAGGAGGCACUAACCCAGCCCCUCCCUCUCUGCAAUAAAACAAAGUUUUGAAACUUGAGAGUUAUAAAAAAAAACUGGAGAGAGAGAGAGACACAGGGACAAAGAAGAGGCAGAGUGUGAGAAAGAGAGACAGGAGCGUGAUUGCUGGGGCAGAACUUGAACAAGCUGGUGCCUCCAAUAAAGACUGCAGUUUGAAUUGAGAGAGAAAGAGGAGUACUGUUCUACAAGAUACAGAAUUGAAACAGAAGUGUAAAAAGAGGAAGAGAGGGAGUGUCAGAAAGUCAGGAAAGAUGAGUGUGAAUCUGAGUGGAUAUUAUAAGCUGGUCUCGCAGGAGAACAUGGAUGCCUAUCUCAAAGCACUCGACAUCAACAUCGCCCUGAGGAAGAUCGUGUGCCUGCUCAGCCCAGACAAGGAGAUCAUACAGAAUGGGGAUCAAAUGACCAUUCGGACCCUCACCACCUUCCGCAACUACGUAAUGGAGUUCAGGCUGGGGGCGGAGUUCCGCGAGGACCUGGGCGCGGUCGAUGGGCGCACCUGCAUGACAACAGUGAACUGGGAAGGAGACAAACUGGUUUGUGUUCAGAAGGGAGAGAAGGCUAAUCGAGGCUGGAAACACUGGUUAGAGGGAGAAACUCUACACCUGGAGAUGACGGUAGAAGAUGUCAUCUGCAAACAAGUUUUCAAGAAAACAAAAUGAGUGUUUGAAUAGUGCAGAUGAAUCAACACAGAUACAGGAGAGAGAAACGUUUGCAAUAAGAGCCAGGGAAGACUUCCAUCAGCAAGAACAACUUUAACAAGGGUGUGAGGAGAGGGGCAAAGCAGGAAACACAAUACAAUAGUGCCCCCACCCAGCCUGUCUGUGUGCAGGGCAAAUACCUGCGAUCUAAUAAUAAUAAUAAUAAUAAUAAUAAUCAUCAUCACUUUAUACUCAGCAAUACUUAAUCUCUAAAAAGUCACUUUCUCAAAUAUUAAGUAGUUUGAAUCUUCACAUUUUCUUUUAAUCAUGGAAUUGUAAUCUGAGUUUCUGAAUAGCGGUUGAUUAAUGGAUGAAUCUCACAUGAGAAUUCGCAUGUGAGAAGUGGAGUGAUAAUACCAUAUGAAAUAUCAGCACGGUUCAGAUGAUAUAAAGUUGCCCUAAGUGUAUUUCUUUUAAUAUUCUAUACUGUAUGACCUGAUAAAAGAGUAUUUUAUUUUUAACACAACUAUAUAAACAAUUCCAGGUGUAUGUAACUUCUUAACAAAUAAACACAAACUUAUAAUUUCUAACACAA